AAACAUUUUUUUUUUCUUAACUGUUUUUGCUUUAUCGUUAUGGGGCAUUGUGUGUAGCUUGAUGAGGAUUUUAUUUAUUUAAUCAAUUUUAGAAUAAGGCUGUAAAGUAACAACAUUUGGAAAAAGGGAAGGUGUCUGAAUACCUUUCGAAUGCACUGCAUAUGCAAAUAGACCAUUGCCAUAUAUGGAUUUGUGCCGUUCACUUUGAACUAGACUGUUUUACAGCCUGAGUGGUCGUGAUUAUUAUGCGCUUGUUUUUAGAUCAAAGUGACGGCUGCAUGUACAGGGAUGCAAACUAUUCACCUUUCGGUGAAAAUCGCCUUUUUGAAUUCAAAAUAGGUGACCUAUAUGAAUCUUAUAGAUCCAAUGAGAAACGUUUGGGGGUGCUUUGGAUCACUACUGACUAAGGGAACGAGUGAUGCGCGUUUGGAGCAAUCGUUCAUCCAAUUGUUCACGUAACAACAGAAUGCAGCACAUGAUUGAAGAGAAAAGAGACAACCAAUUUGGUAGUUACAGCAUCAGUGUGCACUAUGGAAAGACAGUAGAGUGGAAAGGCAGUUUGCCAGUUACAGCAGCCCGUCCCCAGAACGAUAAUGAAGAGGUAGGUGAGAAGCCUGACCACGAAGACGGGGGUGAGACGGUGAUGAAGCGUACUUCAUGAGCUGUAACCGAAAAACAGCUCACAUUUGGAAAGUUUAAGGUGAGGGAGAAAGUGUGGUGGAACAACUAUUGUUACCAUUGUUAAGUAUCUUGCUAGCUGGAUCGAAUUCUCAGUAGGCUAGCCACAGAAAUGUUAAGCAACAUUAGCCUAUUUCAAAAAUAAAAAAAUGGCCCCAUUUUCGUGGUAUCCAAUUGGUAGUUACAGUCUUGUCUCAACGCUGCAACUCCCGUACGGACUCGGGAAAGGCAAAGGUUGAGAGCCGUGCGUCCUCCGAAACACAACCCAGCCAAGCCGCACUGCUUCUUGACACAACGCCCGCUUAACCCGGAAGCCAACCGCACCAAUGUGUCGGAGGAAACAACAACUGGUGACCGUGUCAGCGUACAUUGCGUCCGGCCCGCCACAGGAGUCAGUAGUGCGCGAUGGGACAAGAACAUCCCUGCCGGGGCCAAUUGUGCACCGCCCCAUGGGUCUCCCGGUUGCGGCCGGCUGCGAUAGAGCCUGGACUCGAAACAGGAUCUCUAGUGGCACAGCCACUGCGAUGCAGUGCCUUAGACCACAGCCCUACUCGGGAGGCCAACAUCACCCAACUUAACUGAUCAAAUAGUUUAGUUUAUGGUGUGAAAAUUAGCUGGCUAAUAAAGUUAGACAGCUAACGUUAGCUAGCUAACGUUACACCAUCAGAUGAGAUAACAUUAGUAACCUAACCAAUUCACUAUAGUAUUAGCUGGUAUACGACUCCUUGCCUUUCCUCAAGCUAUAACGCGUUAGUUGCUUACUGGACUUACUGGACUUGAGAAUUAGGUGAAAAUGAGGCGUUAAACAAGUGGAUGCCGCUAUAGAGGUGAAAGAAACACCACACACUUUCCCUCUUUCUCACUUUUUCAAUACAGUGGAUUAAAAGGGGUAUGCCAGGUGUAUUCUCUGCCUGAAAGAGAUCAAUUAUGCCAACAAAUGGUAUCAUGCUCUGCUGCUGGCACAUUGUAGAACAGAUGUCCACAGGCAGAAAGUGUACAAUGUAAUAAUGUGCAGUGUAGCCCAAAGAUAUUGCUUUAGUUGUGUUGAACUUGACAGUAACACUUGUGUGUGAGUGAGGGGGGAUAUUAUUUUUUUUACUCAUGAACGUUAUUUUUGCACACAUGUAGCCUUGUGCACUUGAUCAAUGCCUAUAGUGGCCACUAUAAUAGAGCAAAAAUAGAAUGCCUGUUUGUUUAAUUCUAUGUGUGUGGUCACAAGCAUUCUAUUAUAAAGGCUGUCAUGGCUAACUGCAAUAUUAGCGUAAUGUUUUUUCUCAAGACUUGAGUAUCAUUUGCAGUAGAGUCUAGGAAACAAAUAACAUUGGGUUGCUUUUUAAAAAAAAUUUUUUUAGCUUUGAGUUAGGUUCACAUUAACCACUUUUUAUUUUACACACAGAGACUGAUCAUGUAGAUCAUAUUCAUUGUUGUUUAAUUAGGUAAAACCUGUUUUUCUCCCUAGCAGGGAUUUUUUUGCAUGUUUCAGUGCAACAGAAAAAAGUUUGACCUUUUUGGGCCCUCACCAGUUUGCAUCCCUGCAUGUAGCCACGUGUGCACAUUUGUUCAUAUUCUUUGCUAGUUAGUGAGUUAUUAGCCCAGUUAUAUAUAAUUUGUAGUCAGCAAUGUGGGAGUGAUUGCUUCCUACAAGAGCACAAAAUGUGUACAGUUCUAGCCAUCUUUGAAAAGCAGGUCAAGUAAGGAGCUUUUUUUAUGUCUUAAAGGGGCAGUGUUGUAUUUUGAGACAUGCUUGAAUAAGCUAAGUAGCAAAUAGGCAGAGGGUAGCAUAAUUUGUCUUGUUCUCUGUAAUAAAUGGUAUGGGAAUAAGGAUUAAUUAUAUUUUGUAAAGUGGUUUCUUGCAUCAAACAACACAACAAAAUGUUCAGUCACCUCUUUGCCUGACAGACAAGUGGAUAAUCAGGUUCAUUUGAAGCCCUGCUUGUUUUUUUCAAAGUCUCAUGGAAUGUAGGCCUACAUUGAACACAGAUUGGCUGCUACUGUAGGCUGGAUGAUAGAACCGCUAUUUCCAUGUUAAAACGAUGAUCCAUGCUAUUUCCAUGUUACAUUAUGAUCAAAUGGCCACAGUAGCCUACUUGGCCACUGUUAAAACUGUAAAUGAAAGCAGCUACAGCCCCAGUGCUCACAGUAAACACUCGGUGGAAGUUGCACAGCCAUUUUACAAGUUUCAAGUUUGCGAUUAGCAGACCUGAAAUUUGCUCAGUGCCGAAAAACAUUCGAGGGAACAUUGCCUCUGACCAUAUCUGGACAUUGACUGGCUCAGUUUGGAGACUGAGGUGCACCCUUUUCCCUACACAGUGCACUACAUUUGGGUUCCAUUGGGGACGUAACCUGAAAGACAACACUUUGAAAGGUCACAUUGACCUGAGCCGAAUUGUCCUUUUUCACAAAGUUGCCAAUGGGUGAAGAAGGUUAGAGCCAGAGCAAAGAUAAAGACCUCUUCUUCAGGGAUCGAUCAGAUCCAAUUUUGAGCAGCCAAUUAGCAUUCAACUCAGUGCUGCUUAUUGAUUUAUAUAAACCUGUGGAGAGACAACCGAGCACAGUAUGCUACCAGCCUCCAGUGAGCCAUCUGACAGAGUUUGACUGACAGGUCCCAACAUUGCUUUGCUUUGUGGACUGGCUCCUUGUGGGACUUUAUUAGCAUCCUUUUUUAAUUUCAUCCAUCACACAAUUCAGAGUUCAAUUGUAUUCUGCCAUGUAACUUCAUUGAAUAAACUAGAACUUGACUGUACUGCAUAUCAGGAAUAUGUGGAAACUAUACUUUUUUCUUAGUCUGGAUCCUGGUGAUCCUCAAAAUAAAUUCUGUGAUUGUUAGGGUAAGUGUACCUAUUAAGCCCACUUUCAUCUUUGAAUUCAAAUACAAUAUUUCAAUCAAUUCAUCUGGUUGUCAUGUCCAUAGCAGUUUUUAUUCUAAGCCAAUCAGAUGUUUUAUUAUUAAGUUAUUUACAGUUAUGUGUUUGUUCCCACAAGUGGCAUUGUCAUAUUGUUGUCCUUCAUUCAUCCAGGUGAUUAUGUUUGUUGGUCCACCACCUGUACCUUUGUAAUACAACAGUAGAAAGGGAGAUUUGAAACAGUCUUCAGAUAGGCUUUAGGAAGUUCAACUAAUGAACAAGAAUGUGAAUCCGCUUUCAGAUAAUUCAUUGAAACUUGUGUGUGUGUUAUGGUCUUUGUGUAUGGCUUCUUAUCCACAGAGGGUCAGUUUUUUAUAACCAAGUAAUAACACCUGCUUUAACUAUUCAUGUCUUGAUUGAAGUCUAUGAUUAGUUGAAUCAGGUGUGUACUGGUUGGCAAGAACAAAAGCCUAAAUCCACAUUGGUCUUUCUGGAUACGAUUGGACACCCCCCUGUUAUGAGUGCUACUUUCAUGAUGAAUAGAAAUUAUCAGUUUAUUUUACUAAAUUUUGGUGAAGAUUAAUAUAAUCACAUUUUAUAUAAAUGUCAGUUUGUACGUUUUUAAAAUUAGGUGGGCUUAUUUGGAACACCUAUGGGCUUUCCGUACCAAUUAUGCUCAGUCCGGACUUUUCACAUAUUUUAUCAAAUAUGUAUUUAAGAAUUUAAGUAAAGUCAUAAAACCUCAUGUGAGAGAUGAGUCUUUCAUUUUAUCUCAACUUUUCAAACAGAAAUUAGGGCAGUAUAUGUUAGAAAUGUCUAAACUUAUAACUAAAUUAUUUCUAAUAACAUUGAUAUUGAGUCCUUCCAUACAUGUAGUUUGCCUGUAUUGCUUGGCCAGCAUUCUGGGGGAUGUAGGCAGUGUAAUGCAGGGCUCCAGUGAAGUUUGUGUGCUCUGGUAUGCUUUAAAGCUCUUCUGCAUUCAGCUAUGUGCCCUGCAGUGUCGGCAGUGUCUUCUGCCUGCACCACACUAACAGGUCAGAUCCAAGUGUCUGUGCCCUCUAGGGGAGCAACUUACUCCUCAUAAAUUCUGUCAUGUCUUACAGUGGGAUAAAUACACGUGUUUGUGUUUGGUAACAAAAUAACAGGGGGGAAAAACAGAUCUAUGCAGGCUGUUACAUCCUCAUUAGUUUAUUUAUUUUCUUCAUAACAAUCAGAUUGCUCGCCAUGCAGCCAGCGACAACCAGUGAGGUUUCGAGCGUAAUCUGUUUACUUGGUUACGUGCCACAAUCUGUGCGUAAGCGACUUUGAUUUCCAUUUUGCACUUAGUCAAUUCCAGCUCAGGGCAUUUUGACAUGGCGGGUCAGAGAGGGAUUUGAGGUGGGAGAUGCCAAGAGGCUUCUGGAGGCAUUAAGCCUAUACCAGAGCCCACUAACUAACACUGGGUGUGUGUCGCAAUAGGCACCUUAUUCCCCCUAUAUACAGUUAAAGGCGGAAGUUUACAUACACUUAGGUUGGAGUCAUUAAAACUUGUUUUUCAAUCACUCCACAGAUUUCUUGUUAACAAACUAUAGUUUUGGCAAGUCGGUUAGGGCAUCUACUUUGUGCAUGACAACUUCUUAUAGGCUAAUUGACAUAAUUUGAGUCAAUUGGAGGUGUACCUAUGGAUGUAUUUCAAGGCCUACCUUCAAACUCAGUGCCACUUUGCUUGACAUCAUGGGAAAAUCAAAAGAAAUCAGCCAAGACCUCCACAAGUCUGGUUCAUCCUUGGGAGCAAUUUCCAAACGCCUGAAGGUACCACGUUCAUCUGUACAAACAAUAGUAAACAAGUAUAAACACCAUGGAACCACGCAGCCGUCAUAUCGCUCAGGAAGGAGACACGUUCUUUCUCUUAGAGAUGAACGUACUUUGGUGCGAAAAGUGCAAAUCAAUCCCAGAACAACAGCAAAGGACCUUGUGAAGAUGCUGGAGGAAACAGGUACAAAAGUAUCUAUAUUCACAGUAAAACAAGUCCUUUAUCGACAUAACCUGAAAGGCCACUCAGCAAGGAAGAAGCCACUACACCAAAACCGCCAUAAAAUAGCCAGACUACGGUUUGCAACUGUACAUGGGGACAAAGAUCGUACUUUUUGGAGAAAUGUCCUCUGGUCUGAUGAAACAAAAAUAGAACUGUUUGGCCAUAAUGACCAUCGUUAUGUUUGGAGGUAAAAGGGGGAGGCUUGCAAGCCGAAGAACACCAUUCCAACUGUGAAGCACGGGGGUGGCAGCAUCAUGUUGUGGGGGUGCUUUGCUGCAGGAGCGACUGGUGCACUUCACAAAAUAGAUGGCAUCAUGAGGGAGGAAAAUUAUGUGGAUAUAUUGAAGCAACAUCUCAGACAUCAGUCGGGAUGUUAAAGCUUGGUCACAAAUGGGUCUUCCAAAUGGACAAUGACCCCAAGCAUACUUCCAAUGUUGUGGCAAAAUGGCUUAAGGACAACAAAGUCAAAGUGCUGGAGUGGCCAUCAGAAAGCCCUGACCUCAAUCCCAUAGAAAAUGUGUGGGCAGAACUGAAAAGGCGUUCAUGAGCAAGGAGGCCUAUAAACCUGACUCAGUUACACCAGCUCUGUGAGGAGGCAUGGGCCAAAAUUCACCCAACUUAUUGUGGGUAGCUUGUGGAAGGCUACCCGAAACGUUUGACCCAAGUUAAACAAUUUAAAGGCAAUGCUACCAAAUACUAAUUGAGUGUAUGUAAACUUCUGACCCACUGGGAAUGUGAUGAAAAAAAUUACAUCUGAAAUAAAUCAUUCUCUUUACUUUUAUUCUGACAUUUCACAUUCUUAAAAUAAAGUGGUGAUCCUAACUGACCUAAAACAGGAAUUUGUACUUGGAUUAAAUGUCAGGAAUGAUGAAAAACUGAGUUUAUAUGUAUUUGGCUAAAGUGUAUGUAAACUUCUGACUUCAAAUGUGCACUAGUACACUACUUUUAACAAAACCCCUAUGGCCAUGUGGCACCCUGUUCCCUAUGUAGUGCACUACUUUUGAGAAUAGGAUUGCCAUUUGGGAUGUACACAAGUACUGGGGAGUGGUGCACGGGUGCAGGCGAAGUGAUGUCCACAGAGCUCGCAACUCAGCUGCCCCCCCAUCCUACUCCGACACAGGAGACAAAGAACAGAGGGAUUCAAAGGGCAAAGCUGCACAAAAAAUAACCGAUUUUCAUCAGAAGGGAACCUGUCACAUCUGUGGAGCUUCAAAGCUGCUUCCAACAUAUUCAUACACAAUAUCACAUCAACCAGGAAUGAUCUGCUGCCGGAAUAAGAAGAGGAGAGAGAGAGAGAGAGACGGACUAUUGGCACACUGUAGAAUAUGUUGGGGCUUGAAAUAACAAAUAAAGAAACAUGACUUUACAGCCUUACUUUUUGUGUAUUUUUCUUCUCUUACGUUAGAGAGGAUUGGCCAUUUUUGUGUAGCGGGAAAUGGUGCAGCCUUCGAGGAGCUCUGUCACAGGCGAAAAUGAAAGAGCAUCUAAUGGCACGGUGCAUCUGUGAGACGGCCCUUGUACCACUCUGAAACAAGUUACACUGCCUCCUUGGUUUUAGCACUAACAGACAUACGUCUGCUGCGAAGAUCUGUGUUGCAGCUUUGUAUAAAGGGAUACCAAUUCCAAUGGGUCUACUGAGAGCACGAAAGGGGGGAGGGAAAGAGGUAGAGAAGGGAGAGAUGGGAUGGUAAUCUCACUGCAGUCCACGAAUGUCAGCAUGGGGCUUGAAUGAUGCGCUAGAGCUGGAUCGCCGCACAGACUUUCAACUUAACUUCCCUCCAUCUCUUCUCCUGUCCCCCUCCUUUCUGCCAUCUCUCACUCCUCUCUUCCUUACAUCAUUCACUCUGUGGUUCACACUACCCUCUUCCUCCUCUCUCCCGGUGCCCUGGUUUUGGCUCUUUCUUUUCUCUAUCUCUAUCCCUCUCUCUUUCACUUUCUCUCUCCCUCCUCUCCCUUUCCUCUCUCCCUCUCUGUAUAUACUGUAUAUCUCCCUCUCUCUAUCUCUCACUCUCUUUCUCCAUCUCCCCUCUCUCUCCCUCCCCUCUCUCUCUCUGUGACAGCAGUACAGGGAGGAUCAUUGAUUAAUUCCUCUGUGAGUCCGGCUGCCUAGUGAAAACUGUAAUCAGCCAGGAGAGCAGCUCUCAUCACAUUCCCGCCUUUCAUUUCUUCUUUGGUUUAUUCACCCACUUUUUCUCCUCCGCUUGCUAAAAAGUGGGUAGAGGGAACAUUCUCAAAAAGCACCUGUAUUUUGCACGGAGCGCUGCUAAUGCUGUGGAUGUUGUGAGGUAGGGAGAGGGAGAGAGAGCAGUGCCUGUGGACUGCCAAGCCCAGUCACCAGUUGAAUGCGGCCAGUGUGCCUGUACAUGGAUGGGAGCGCUGGGGCAGAAGAUUCACUUGGGUACCCUGAUGAGCAUCCAGCCCACUGGGGAGAAUAAUUUUCUGGAGCUUUUCCACAAAGGGCCUCCGCCCUGCCUGCCUUUCAGCCUGCCUGCUCCAUGCCGGGAGUGUUUUUAAAUACCUGCUGCUGUCCUGCCCAGCUCUCUGGCUCUACUGCCGCUGACCGACUCCACCAGUUCCACCAAGCUGGAAGACCUGAGCUAUCUUGAUGAACAGCGUAAUACUCCCCUGCGGACAUCCAUUCGGCUGCCCUGGCAUAACACAGGUGGGAGGGCACCACAAGACUCCAAAGCACGCUUCGCUCCCUACAAGACGGUGGACAUCAUGCUCAAACCGCUGCUGUUCGAGGUGCCCAGCAUCACCACAGACUCUGUGUUUGUGGGCCGCGAUUGGCUCUUCCAGCAGCUGGAGGACGUUCUGAAGGGUGACGGUUGCGAGGAGAGCCGCGGAGCCGUGGUUGUGGGCAAUGUGGGCUUCGGCAAGACGGCCAUCAUCUCCCGCCUGGUGGCACUCAGCUGUCACGGCGGGCGCAUGCGGCAGAUCGCCUCUAACAGCCCCAGCUCAUCGCCCAAAAAUGGUGGGGACCCCCAGAGCACCGACCUCCCCCUCAGCCAUCCCCCUCAGCCUACCCCUCCACGCAGCGCCACCAACACCAUGCGGAACAACAGCUGUCCCGGCACCCCUGAGGUCCAGAGACGCAAGGAGGAGGCCGUCAAACGCCUGGCCACCAAGGUGGUUGCAUAUCACUACUGCCAGGCUGACAACACCUACACCUGCCUGGUCCCAGAGUUUGUGCACAGUAUCGCUGCCCUGCUGUGCAGAGCACACCAGCUCACCGCCUAUAGAGAGCUGUUGCUGAAGGAUUCCUAUCUACAGAGCAUGCUCAGUCUGCGCUCCUGCGUCCAGGACCCAAUGGCAGCCUUCCGCAGGGGCGUGUUGGAGCCGCUGGCCAACCUCCGCAAGGAGAUGAAGAUUCCAGAAGAAGACCAUAUCAUACUGAUAGACGGGCUAAACGAGGCAGAGUUCCACAAGCCCGACUACGGAGACACCAUUGCCUCCUUCAUCACCAAGAUAAUCUCCAAGUUCCCCUCCUGGCUCAAACUGGUUGUUACUGUCCGAGUCAACCUACUGGAAGUCACCAGCCUCCUCCCCUUCUCCAAGAUCUCCCUGGACGAUUUCCCAGAGAACAAGGAAAUCAACACGGACCUCAAUGCCUACAUCCAGUACCGCAUCAACGGCAGCAAAGACAUCAUGAACAACAUCUCCCUCAAUGGCAAGGCCGACCCCAUCAUUGUGGGCAAGGUGAGCAGCCACCUGAUCGCCCGCAGCCAGGGCUCCUAUCUGUACCUCAAACUGACCCUGGACCUGUUCGAGAGGGGCCACCUGGUGAUCAAGAGCGCUAGUUACAAGGUAGUGCCCGUGUCGCUGGCCGAGCUCUACCUGCUGCAGUGCAACAUGAAGUUCAUGACUCAGUCGGCGUUCGAGCGCUCGCUGCCCAUCCUGAAUGUAGCGCUGGCGUCUCUCCACCCGAUGAUGGAUGAGCAGCUGUUCCAGGCCAUCAACGCGGGUGCCGUGCGCGGUGAGCUGCCCUGGGACGACUUCCAGCAGCACAUGGAGACGUUGUCCUGUUUCCUCAUCAAGCGGCGGGACAAGACGCGCAUGUUCUGCCACCCAUCCUUCAGAGAGUGGUUGGUGUGGCGGGCAGACGGAGAGAGCACCAACUUCCUCUGUGACCCCAGGAGUGGACACGCACUCAUGGCCUUCAUGCUGUCGCGACAAGAGGGGAAACUGAACCGGCAGCAGACCAUGGAGCUGGGCCACCAUAUCCUUAAAGCACACAUCUUCAAGGGUCUGAGUAAGAAGACGGGUGUGUCUUCCAGCGUGCUGCAGGCCCUCUGGAUCAGCUGCAGCGCUGAUGGCCUCUCUGCAGCCCUGGCCUCUCUGAGGAACCUCUACACCCCUAACGUCAAGGUGAGUCGUCUGCUGAUGCUAGGCGGGGCCAAUGUGAACUACAGGACAGAGGUGCUGAACAACGGCCCGGUGCUGUGUGUCCAGUCCCACCUGGGCCACCAGGAGAUGGCCGGCCUGCUGCUGGAGUUCGGGGCUACCUUGGACGUGGUGUCCGAGAACGGCAUGAGCCCUCUCUGCUUCGCCUCAGCUGCUGGACACCUGGGUUUAGUCAGCCUGCUCUGCAAGAGAGGAGCCAAGGUUGACCAUGUGGAUAAGAGCGGUCAGUGUGCUCUGGUCCAUGCUGCUCUGAGGGGCCACCCUGGCAUCAUCCAGUACCUCUUGGAGCUGGAGUGGACCCCCGAGGGCCAGCAGCAGAACUGCAGUCUGAAGAACAAGGCCCUCCAGCAGGCUCUGAUCGCUGCCUCCAGCAUGGGACACACACAGGUUGUGAGAGGCUUGUUGGCGUUGAAUAACGAGCACGCUGUGCAAAUUGAUGGCCAAGACACACUGUGGGGAGAAACCGCUCUGACAGUGUCGGCGGGCAGGGGGAAGAUGGACGUGUGUGGCUUCCUGCUGGAGCAGGGGGCCAUGGUGCAGCAAAUCAACCGCAGGGGGGUCUCACCUCUCUUCUGUGCUGUCAGACAGGGACACUGGCAGGUGAGGAACACACACACUGCUUGCCUCAAACUACAAUUACACAUCAAAGUAACCAUGACGAUUUACCCUGAGGAAGUAGAGUUUACUGUAAGUCUGUGUGUGUGUCAGAUUGCAGAGCUGCUGCUGCAGCAUGGUGCUGACGUGAACAUCAGUGACAAACAGGGACGGACACUACUCAUGGUGGCGGCGUGCGAGGGCCACCUGAGCACGGCCGACUUUCUGUUGUCAAAGGGUGCGUUGUUGACGUCGAUGGACAAGGAAGGGUUAACGCCCCUGAGCUGGGCGUGUUUGAAAGGACAUAAGAACGUUGUGCAGUUUCUGGUGGAGAAGGGCGCGGUCAUAGACCACACGGACAAGAAUGGACGGACUCCUUUGGACCUGGCCGCCUUCUACGGCGACGCGUCGAUCGUCCAUUACCUGGUGGAGAGAGGAGCGGUGAUAGAGCAUGUGGACUACAGUGGCAUGAGGCCGUUGGACCGGGCGAUCGGGUGUCGGAACACAUCGGUAGUGGUGACCCUGCUGAAGAAGGGGGCUAAACUGGGGUACAGAACGUCGCCUUAUGAUCGAUCAGGGAAUGCAGCCUGGGCUAUGGCCACAUCCAAGCCUGAUAUCCUCAUCAUUCUCCUGCAGAGGCUUAUGGAGGAGGGCAACCUGCUUUACAAGAAGGGGAAGAUGAAAGAGGCAGCCCAGAGGUACCAGUAUGCUCUGAGGAAGUUCCCCAGGGAAGGUUUUGGCGAUGACCUGAAGGCCUUCAAAGAACUGAGGGUGUCUCUGUACCUUAACCUCUCCCGCUGUCGCAGGAAAACCAACGACUUUGGCUUGGCAGAGGAGUUUGCGACAAAGGCCCUGGAGCUGAAACCCAAAUCGUACGAGGCCUAUUACGCCCGCGCCCGAGCCAAGAGGAGCAGCAGGCAGUUCACGGCAGCCAUGGCUGACCUGCACGAAGCAGCCAGGCUGUGUCCCAACAACCGGGAAAUCCGGCGGCUGCUGGCCCGUGUAGAGGAGGAGUGUAAGCAGAUGCAGCGCUGCACCACCCAGGGCAAACCGCAGGGGGCCACGUCCUCGUCAAACCAGGCCCCGGCCAACCACGACUCUGAACACAAACACGAGGAAGUGGAAGAGGAGGUGGUGUUGGGGCAUAGCAUGGCCGUCAGAGGUCUGGAUGGACAGAACACUCUGGGGAUGAAUGACGUGGAAGGGGAGGGAACUUUUCAGUCUCAACACUCAGACAGGAGAGGAGAGAGAGUUGAGCCCUGGACACAGAACAUCUACUCCAUCAAUAGAACUGUGCCUGACACCCUCAGCCUCACCACCCAGCAGCAGAGUACCAGGCCUGACUCUCCCCCCUCCGGCCCCUCAGGCCCUGGCAGGCUGAGUCACCACCACUACCCUCCCCGGGAGCCCAGAGAGCCCACCAAGCAGGCCCAGAUAGUCAAAACCAACCAGCACAUGAGCUCCCUGCAGGCAGGAGGCCGCUCCUCGGGGGCCAAGUCCCAGUACGCCCCCUCCAGCCCCCUGCCCAGCCGACACAUGUCCAGCAUGCUGAAGCCAGGGGGUCUGCGCAUAGACAUCAGCCCUCUACCGCCCCCUCCUGACGAGCCCGUCUACGGGGAGCAACGCCUGUCCAUGGCUCCUCCUAUGGGCCACCACUGCGAAAGGGACAGCGAAUCCCUGCACUCUGCCCAGGCCUCCUACUCCUCCCAGGACCGUCUGUCUGCUCACUCGGUGUCCUCCCUGGACGCUCUAACCUCAGGGUCUCCCCAGGACCCCCUCAAUGCUGCAGGGCCAGGCCAGGAGCGGCGGAAGGAGUGUGGGGGUAACGGGGUCUCCCAGGCACUCUCCCAGGGGGGAGACGGCAACAUCAGGGUGUCCAGCUCCACCAGCUCCCUGGCCUCCAGCAGUAGUCUGUCGGAGAGCAGCAAGCUGCAGGGCCCUGACGUACGCACCAAGACCACCACAGACAAGGCCAAGCAGGGCCAGGGAGGCACAAGCGAGUGGAAACCCAGGCCCUUCAUGGGCAUCAUGGACAAGAAGGCACGUUUUCUUCAGCAGCAGCAGCAAAUGCAGCGGGAACUACUGCAGCAGGAACAACUGCAGCAGGAACAACUGCAGCGAGAACAACUGCAGCGAGAACAACUGCAGCGAGAACAACUGCAGCGGCAACAACUGCAGCGGCAACAACUGCAGCAGCAACACCACCAAGGGCUCCAGAACCACCCAGGCCUACAGCCCACCACCGGAGCUCUCCGCAGCUGGCAGAGUCACUCCUCUGAGGGAUUAGUGUCCCACACCAUGUCUGCCAUGGGCCUCCAGGCAGCAGGGGUGAACUGUGAGCUACCUUAUGCCAAAAUAGGGAGCACUUACCACGAGCAGCUCAAAGCUCCAUCUCAGGGUGCUAUGGGGAGCCUGCAGAAUGGAAUGUACUCAAAGGAAUUUGCAGAGAAGUUGUGCCAAGCAUCCACCUGUUACAAGGAAUCCAAGCCAGCUCUGGCAAUGCCGUCGCACACGUUUGUGGACAGUAAGCCCGAGCAGCCAAGCUUAGUCCGAGAGAAUCCCGCCAUUCACGUAGCUUCAAUGAAACCAAAGCGAUCAUUCAUAGAGUCAAAUGUGUAGGAAUAUUUAUCUCCCCUCUCUCAACACAGACACGUGCAUGCAUACACAAACAACGAGAUACACACGCUGGCACGCACAUAGACAACAUGCACAUUGCACACACUCAACACACCCACAAACACUUUACACACACACCUUUGCAAAAAUUCUAAGUGGAGAGUUUUUUUAUGGGCUGGUAAAAACUUAAGCAAUGUAAGUCAAAACUUUGAAAGAAGUACGCAAACUAUGUUUGUUCCCCCUGUGAAUAUCUGCCACAUGGAGCGUUUUGAUUGAAGCAGUAACAGAUGUAUUUCUUUCCUACUAUCGCGUACAGCUGUUUGCUUCUGUUACAGGAUGACAUGUUCCCUCUCAUUCAGCAAAGCUGGAGACAUUGCAGUGACAGCACUUUACGCAUUUACAUAGGCCUUUAAGUAAAGUGCUUAUACAACAUAUUAUAUUACAGUAUAAUGGUAUUACUGAAUUGUUCAGUGUUAAGUAUAAGUCAAUAUUUGCAUCCAAAAUGGCACCCUAUUCGCCAUAUACUGUAGUGCACUACUUUUGGUUGACCCUGGUCAAAAGUAGUGCACUAUAUAGGGAAUAGGGUGCCAUUCUGGACAUAUCCAAUGGGAUUUGAACUGUGUUCAUUAUGUCAAUGGUGCUGAUGGCAGAAUUACGGAGCUAUUUAGAAGAGCUGUAAGGAUAUGUUUAAGAUGGGCAUUCCUGUGUUCUAAGGAUGAUGUAGAUCCUCACAUUGUGUAUAUAUAAAUAUGUAUUUUUCCUUCUUUUGAGUGAAGAUCAAUGUCAGUGUAUUGACUUGUUCAAAUUAUCUGUAUUUUGAGGUUUAUUUUAUGCACAAUUUGGUUCCAACUGUGUUCAAGGUUCUGAUGUAUUUGUUUAUAUGUUUGUACAUUCUAUAAAUUGGCCGAUGACGUUAACUAAAUCCUCUCUGUAUCUGCUUGUC